AUGACUCAGCUGUGCGGAGUGUGUACGACGACAGAGGCCAAGUACAAGUGCCCGACCUGUCGCUUGCUCUACUGCAGUCUCGUGUGCUGCAAGACGCACAAGGAGACGCCGUGUGCGCCGCCCGCGGCACUCGAGAAGCCACCGGUGCCGACUGUUACUUCAGCGCCACCGAUGCCAAUGGACGAAGAGAGCGAGCGACUGACAGCGGAGCAGCUGAAUGGGCUCAGGACAAGUGCCGGCAUCAAAGAGCUGCUGGCGGACCCUGUGGUGACGCAGACGCUGACGCAGAUUGACAGCAGUCUCGACAAGACGAAAGCGCUCGAGAAAGCGCUUUUGGCCCCGACGUUUGCCAAGUUUCUGUACCAGGCACUGGACGAAGUGGCGGCGGUGAAGUAG